AUGACACCACCUCAGGGCUAUCACAAAGCCCGGCCAGGGCAAGUUUGCUUGCUUAAAAGGUCCUUAUACGGGCUUAAACAAGCUUCUAGGCAAUGGAAUAUUGAGUUCACUAAUUUUCUCAAAAAAUUAGGCUUUGUUCAGUCCCUUCAUGACCAUUGCCUCUUUACACAACACACUGGCAAUUUGAUUUUGAUUCUACUUGUGUAUGUUGAUGAUGUGAUUUUGACUGGGAACUCUAUUGAUGCUAUAAAUAAGUGCAAACUUGCAUUAGACUCAAAGUUCACUAUCAAAGAUUUGGAACCUAUGAAAUACUUUUUGGGGCUGGAGGUUGCUAGAUCUACUCAAACAACUAUUCUCAGCCAAACUAAAUACAUUUCGGAUGUGUUAAAGGAUGCUGGGAUGUUUUACUGUAAACCAGCCUCUUGUCCCCUACCUCAAGGGUUACAUUUAUCUCCUUAUUCAGGAGAAAUUCUUGAUGAGCCUGACAUGUACCAAAGGCUCCUUGGCAGGCUUCUUUAUAUUAAUCUUACAAGGCCUAAUAUAUGCUAUGCUGUUCAACAUUUAAGUCAGUUUAUGAGCAUGCCCCGAAAGCCUCAUUGGGAGGCUGCUUUACAUGUGCUUCGCUAUCUCAAAGGCACCCUCUAUCAGGGGCUUCAUUAUCCUGUGAGCAAUGAUUUAUGCUUGAAUGCCUAUUGUGAUUCUGAUUGGGCUGCCUGCACUUAUUCAAGAAAAUCUCUAUCUGGAUACUGCAUAUACUUGGGUCCUUGCCUCAUAUCUUGGAAGACGAAGAAACAAACCACUGUUUCUAAAUCUUCAGCUGAGGCUGAAUAUCGUGCAAUGGCUAACACUGUUUGUGAGCUACUUUGGAUUAGCUAUGUUUUGCACAACUUGCAAGUUGCCAUCCAGCUGCCUAUUCCACUUCAUUGUGACACCAAGGCAGCAAUGCAUAUUGCAGCUAAUCCAGUAUUUCAUGAGCGAACGAAGCAUAUUGAAAUAGAUUGCCAUCUCUUCCAGGACCAGCUUCAACAAGGCUUUAUCCUACCUAGUCAUCUCCCUACUCAAGAACAAUUGGCAGACAUCUUCACAAAAGCACUGCCUACAUCUCGCCAUGACAGUCUCACUCGCAAGUUGAAUUUAUUACCUUUACCAACUUCAACUUGA